CAUGAAAUAAAACUGUCGUUGCAGAUUUGUGACGAGGAGUUUACACAUACUGGAAUACGCGUCAAAUGGGCAAAAACUGUUCCAGCAAAUAACGUAAGAUCGGAUCCACCUUGUUAUUUUAAUGAAAAAUUAAUAAGCAGGAAUUGUGUUGGUUCAAAAUGGGAUCCACCUGCCGAUGAACUAAGUCCAUGCCUACAAAUAGUUAAUUACUAUAACCUUUCAGCGUGUCCUCCGGGAUUCGAUAAAAUUUCUUUAAGUAAUCACGAAUAUUGCUACCAAAUCAAAGAGAAAACAGCUUGGAAUUACCCUUGUUCUAAAAGUGGCGGUGCUUCAGUUAUUACAGAUUUGAGUAACAAUGAUGUUAUUUCAUUAUUAAAUUCACUAAAUCUUAAAAAUGUCUCACAAUAUUUUUGGUUACCGGCUAAACGUACAAAAUUCUUUAGUCCAAUAGUAUGGUGGCACAUUCCUGGUCCAAAAUGGGGGCAUCCAGUUGAAACCAAUAACAUUUUAAGUAUUCAUGCGACGAAAUUAAAGAAUUGUUUGUUGUUAGACAUUCAACAACAAAUUUUAAUAACGGAAACUUGUACAGAGUAUUAUCCUAGUUUAUGUUUUUAUAUAAACGACCUUCAUUAUCCAGCAAAAUGCCCACCAAAGUACCAUUCUGUUAGAUAUAUGCCUUAUGAAGGCGUUUGUCUUGGAAUAGAAGAAUCUCACAAAAAAUUAACAUUCAAUGAUUUUACCAACAAUAAAAUAUGUAAUGUAUCAAUGGGCAAUAAAAAUGAUGAUCUAACCAGGUUUAUUUUUAAAAAGAUAGCUGAAACCAACAAUUUACCUCCUGAUAUAUGGUGUUGGUUUGAUUCAUUUGACUUAAGGCAAAAAAAACAUGCAAGUUCUCUUAACUUCACCCUUCCAGAAAUAUAUGUUUCAAUCAAUAAAUAUGGUAAUCUUGGUUUACAAACGGCUAAUACUUUGUUACCAUGUAUGGCUUGUUUAACUGAAGUGAUUUAUAAAAAAACUGAAUUAUUUUUUGAGUAUAACGAACAAGAGAAAGUAAUGUAUCUUACUAUUUAUUAUCCUUCUGGUCUUUGGAAAUAUAGUGAAUAUGAUCGAGGUAUGCAAUGUUUCACUGAUGUGAAAGGAUUCGCUAAAGUAAUUGAAAUUAACGAUUUCCCACUUAUUGAAGUAAAACCCGACCAGCUUAAUUCAACAUAUGAUGCUGUUAGUAUUGAAAAAAUUGUAUACGAAAUAAACAUUAUAACAGAUCGAGCAGCACAAUACUGGUGUGAAGGGCACACAAAUAAUUUCUCUCUGAUUAAAACAAAAAAACUUUUAGUCAAUCCUCUUGGUGAUGAAGUUCAUGUUUUCUCUCUUGUUAUAAAUGUAUUUUAUUGCUUAGAUGAUAUUGAAGAAAAUAGCGAUGAAAUUAUAUCUGAAUUAUGUACUAACAUAACAUACAUAUUCAGUGCUAAAAAGGUUAUUCUUAUGGAAUAUUUGAAUUACAGUUCGAAUUAUUUAAUGCUUUUAUUGCAUAUGCAUAUCGCUGUUGAUAAUUUAUAUAAAUAUAAUUCCAAAAACAUACAAAAGAUCUAUGAUACCACAGUUCAUAUAGCUGAAACAGUACUUCCGAAAUACAAUUAUAAAUUCGUUAAUUUAUCAAGUUCAUUAUAUUGCUUACCAACAACUUCUUUUGAUAACUCUAAUAUACUCGAUUGGGAUCUAACAGCAAUCGGUCACAUAGCUGCACCUAAACAGUUUUGUUUGCAAGAAAACGGUUUGCCAGUAAAGAGACUGUGUGAUGGAUCGUAUUUGUUAGGAAGCUUUUGGGGUGAUGUUGAAGGAAACUGUAAUUAUAAUUACCAACCUUCUAAUACAACCACGUUUUUAUACAAUUUUGUUAAAGGACUAAUACCAGAAAACAAUACCACUCGUUUUUUGACUGAUGGUCUAGGUUUUGUACUACGCGAUGUUGAUAUAAUUAUUCCUGCAGAUAUUUACUAUUUGUCAAUGUCUUUACAGCAUAUUUUAAGGAUUGCUCAAAGUAACCAAACGUCAAUAGAUAUGGGAAAUAUAGAAAAUAUAGCAUGGAUUAUGGAUAGAGUUAUGGUACUAAAUAACAACUAUUUACGAUUAGCUCAGACUCUUAAUUCAACAAAUGUUAUUUUAGAUUCACUUAAUAAUAUUAUAGAAAUAUUGGCUUUUAAAGACAACGAUAUUAUUGAUAAUCAACGGAGGGAUCACAUUGGUUAUCAAAUUGCUAUAAAACCACAAUUUAUUUUACAAAUAUCAUAUCCCGCAAUUAAUAACGUAAGUGGCAUAGCCUUAAUUAAGCCUUUAAGGACCAAUGAUUUUUUCACGGACAUGAUAGUACGACCAUUAUUUAUAAAUACUACCUUAGAAGAAGUAAUGUCAAUUGAGAAUUUGGAAAUUGCUACUUGGAUACCAAAUGCAGUGCUAAGUAGUUUAAAAAGGAAUACAAAUGAAACACGCGCAGAUAAAAACAGUGUGCAUGUAAUUAUUAGCAUAUUCCAUAACGAUGCGAUAUUUCAAGAAUUAGAAUCAAAUAAAUACUGUGUUAAUAGUCGAAUAAUAGGUGUCUCCUUGCCAGGUUUUUCAACUUACUUCAAACAAACUAUGCCUUUAGUAUACAGAGAUUUAAAUCCUACAUCUGCUGAAAAAGUUUGUGGGUUUUGGAAUUUUCAGCCUCAUUCAAUUGGCAAUGUUCCUGGUUAUUGGUCAAGCACUGGUUGUUAUUUGAAAAAAUCUGAGAACAAAUUAACAGUCUGUGAAUGCGACCAUUUAACACACUUUGGUCAGUUACUCAAUUUUGGACGAGAUAGAAACAACACAAGUGCUUUCGCAGACAAACAUACUAAACCAUUAAACAUAAUAUCUUUAGUGGGCAGUUUUCUUUCUUUGCUAGGUAUAAUGGGUAUUUGGAUUACAGCUUCAGUCUUUCAUACUUGGAGAAAAAAAGCAAGCACAAAAGUUCUGCUACACCUUUCAACUUCUAUAGCUCUACCUUUGAUAUUCAUGAUUGUGUUCAACUUGGACAAUACCAUAUUUAAAGAAGUUAAUGGUAUUUUUGUUGUUCCUGAAAAGUUUAGGGCUGUUUGUAUCUCUUUGGGGGCUUUAUUACAUUAUUCAGUUCUUGCAAGUUUUAUGUGGAUGUUGAUAACAGCAGUUUUACAAUUUAUACGGUAUGUAAGAGUUUUGGGAGUAUAUCGACCAUCUAGAUUUAUGAUAAAAUUCACAUUAAUAGGAUGGGCAACCCCAAUUGUUCCAGUUAUAGCUGUUUUAGCUUUAGAUAGAGAAAACUAUAUACCUAACAACGUGUCAUCAGUUGGAGAGUCAAAAUCUUUAAUAUGUUAUCCCACUGGAUUUUAUUUAAUCGUAAGUGUUGUAGUGCCAAUAUGUAUGAUUUUAUCUAUAAACGUAACGUUGUUUGUUUUAGUAAUCUAUGCUAUUUCUAAAGGUCCUGAUGGAAAAAUGAGAAGGGCAGAUAUUGAUCUUAUUGGUGCUCAAUUAAGAUUAUCUGUGUUUUUAUUCUUUUUACUAGGAUUGACGUGGAUAUUUGGAGUUCUCUCUUUUUCGAGCAACCCACUUUGGUCGUAUCUCUUUUGCUUGACUUCUACCAUGCAAGGUUUCGUACUAUUUGUUUAUUUUAUAAUAUGCGACGCGCAAACAAGAAAUUUAUGGAUUACAUUGAUGAAACCACAGUUCCAAUCGGAGUCAUCACGAAAAAGCAUCACAAGUAUUAGUAGUAACUAGAUGUAUCCACAUAUACUC